AUGAUUUGGUCAUCUGAGAUGUGUCCAUUAGAGCACACGCUGUCAAUUUUCGUAACUGGAUUGGAAACAAUAUCAAUAUCAACUACUUCCACCUCAUUAUCACUCGAUUCAGUAUCGUCGGGAAUCUCUUCUACAUUGAUCAAAGAUUUUGUAUGGUCUGUAAGAAUAGAUUUUAAGCCAGUUUUAGCAUCAAUUGUAGCCCGAGCUUCUUCCCUUUCAAUUGGAACAAGUUUUAAAACCGAAUCCUUGAUCUCUAUUCUAAAAUUUAAGACAAUGGUAGGAUUAUCAAACUUGCUUAUGGGGAUCGAUCUUAUUUCUUUGUCGGUUGAAUUGGCAGAAACAAAUUCUUGGGUAAUUUUCUUAAUCUGCAGAGACGUCUUGGACAUUAUUAAUCCAACGGUGUCAUUGGUAUUCAACAAAUGUUCAACACCAGCAAUCAACACCUUCUCGUUAUUGAGUACGGUUCCAAAUGUAGAGUUUGCAUCUUGGAUAUAA